AUGGAUGUAAAAAAGGAAAGCCCAUUAUAUAAAACAUUGCAGCUUUGGUCAGAUGGAGAGAGCCGGCUCCUUCUUGAUAGAUACGCGCACUACUUACCUGAUAUUGGCCCCAUGAAAACGUUGAAAAAUAAGAAGGAAAUGUGGAUAAAAAUUGCAACAGAAAUUGAAGGCAAAAGUCCUAAGCAGUGCGAGGAACGGUACAAAACAAUCGUAAGAAGAAAGAAAGCCGCUGUGGAAAAUAACAACACAUCCGGAGCAAAAAGGCAAAAAAUUGACUUCGAGGGGGAGCUCGAUGAAAUAUGUAAGCUGGAUGACUCGAUCGAGCCCGUAAUCCAGAUAAGCAGCCAGAAUGUUUUACGAAAAAUUUCUUGUAAUGAACGUGUUGUGAAAUACGAAAAAAAGGAAAAGAAAACCGUACAAGAGACUUUGAUGGAGAUAGCGCAAAAUAAGGAGGAAGCCCGGGAGAGAAGACACAAAGAAAAAAUGAACUUAAUUCAAAACUUACUGGGAAAGAUGGUAGAAGACAAAAAGUAUUAA